UUUGCGACAGUAUGGAAAGUGGUGGAGAAUCGUUGGUGUUCCAACGUGAGACGUUCAUAAGUUAAAACCCCACCGUGCGAGUGUUAUUAUUAAUUAGAAAAACAAGUGAUUUCAUCAAAAAAAACCACCGUAAUAAACCGUCGAGAUCACGGUCAUCAUGACGAGCGCAAACGAAGAGAGGAGGAAAAAUGCACAAGAAAUUGAACAACUCAUUCGGUUUCAACCCCUCAAAUAUGUCCACAUUUUUUUCAGCGGUGUUUUAAUAUUUUAUGGCGUUGGGAUUUUUCUAAUAACGAUCACAGUGAGGUUCGAGCUUAGCAAUUUCAAGCCUUACCUGGAUUAUUACAUAGACAGGCCGGUUCUGGUCCUGGUUGUGGGAUCUAUUGCUUUGAUAUCUCUCGGAAGUCUCGGCGUGGUAACAUCUUCGCUGAAUCUAUACCAAGGAAUCAUAACGUUCGGUGUGCUACUUUUCGGAUUAUUUAUGUUCGAGUUAACGAUGGGAGCAAUCGUUCUAGCAACAUUGAGUUCUGCGGACGAAGAUCUCUCGAGAACCCUGAGAGAGCAUCUCGGGAAUUAUGCGAAUUACAGCUCCAACGUCGAUCACCUUCAAUCAACGCUAAAGUGCUGCGGAUUUGAUGAUCCGACCGAUUGGAAUUCAACGCUGGGAUACCUGCCUGGAUCAUGUUGCAAUUCCGACAACGUCUGUGGGAUCUUGGACGCCGAAAAUCUCAGCCUGGUCGGCUGUUACAAAACCCUCCAAGAGCUCGUAGAAUUCUUGAUGAGGUAUCUUCUGAUCAUCCUGGGAGUCCUCGCCGCUCUGGAGAUAGUCGCGAUGGCGAUCACUUUUUACCUGGCCCGGGGUGCCUAUCGUCGUAGAAGUAGAAAUUCGCCAUCCGAAAGCGGAAGUGAUUUAUCUCCGCAAACUGGACCAAGCGUCAGAUCAACCGUUACAAUGCACAAUCCAUUGGCAGCGGAGAGGAGUAUCAACAUUCUCAAUAGCAGAUUCGACGACAAAAUGAGGAUGUACAAUCCCAUAGGAAUACCGAAACCUCAGCUCAGACGGAAUUCGAACGUUCAAGAAUCUCCGGCCAGAAAUCAAUUCGCAGGAAACAGUUCGAUCGGCUCGUACGCAAACCAAACUCGACUGAAGGGGAUCAUCAAGCCGUCCACUUCCUCUGCGGUCGGCAAAACAUCGCCGCUUUUCGAUAACGAGAAAUAUUACAGUGGAUAUUAAAGAGAUCGGUCACAGCAGCCAAAAUCGAAAACUAAAUACGCGACGUCUUCCACGAGUUAUCGAUACGGUGAUUCAUCCGUUCCGAGUGCAAGACAGAUAAGGGAAGAAAAAAUGAUACUCGAUCUUUUUGAAAAAAAAAAAAAUAACUGACGUACCGAAUUAAGCUUACAAGUGAAUUCUCUUAAGUCUUACGCACUCGUACAUACGACAACGAAUUCGCUCUAACGGCCGUCUUUUUCGUUUCCCUCAAUUUUAUUACCGAGUUAUUUAUUUUUUUCAUCGUUUGCAUAUCACGCGAAAGUUCGUGAUCGUGUCGUACCGAGAAAUAGGAAUAGAGCAGUUACGUACAGGUACGUGUUUCGCAGACUGAAUUCCGUACGCGUCUAAAGCUGCCGUGAGGUUCGUCGAAAUUCUGAUCCGUGGUGAUAAAUGUCUCAUCGUUUAGAUUAUAGGUCUGAGUCACUCGGUACCGCAGUCGUAGAUUAUGCAUAUACACUAGACGAACGAGAGUAAAAAAAUUAA